AUGGAGCUGAUGGAAAACCAACGGUCUCUUAUAAAGAGACCAGGAUCAGGAUUUACCAGCAUUCUUGCUCCUUUGAUGAUGGAGCCUCUGGUUUCUUCACGCCCCACCAUAAACACAUUUUCUGUCCGAGGAACUGAAGAUCAGGAAAGACAGAAACAGGAAGUGAAGGAUAUUCUGGCUGACCUGCAGAAUAAGAUGGACUACCUUCUUCCAUCUGCAGAUUUAUUACCGAACUUUGCGCUGAAAUCACAAGGCGCAAAGGUUUUACAAUGGAUGCCAUCGGCCGUACAUCCUGGCCAAAUACAGAGAUGCAGUGGGUUUGGGUUUGCCCCAGAACGGCCAUCGAUCCACCCAGAUAUUGUUAUUCAGGGGAGGACUCGCCUACACCCAGGAGAGUGCUGGGGAUUUGAAGGUUCCCAGGGACAUUUAGUCAUCGCCCUGUCCCACAGAGUCGUAAUCAGUCACGUCACCUUGGGACACAUUCCUAAAAUGUUGUCCCCGACUGGUAACAUCUGGAGUGCUCCCAAGGAGUUUUCUGUUUAUGGAAUGAGGGAGCCUGAACAGGAAUGGACUCACCUGGGAACCUUUAUCUACGAGGAGGAUGGAGAUCCUCUUCAGACCUUUGAGCUACCGAGCCACGAAAAAGUGGCCUUCAGCUCUAUAAAGCUUCAGAUAAACAAUAACUGGGGCCAUCCAGAGUACACCUGCCUCUACAACCUCUACACCCACAGCAGGCUCUUGGAGGGUGCAUGGAAGUUCGCUCAGCCAGUCUACAUCUGCUUUGUGGACUUGGAAGAGGCGGCCGACUGUGUCCCACUGGGAACCCUGUGGGAGGAUGACCUACGGCCUUCACUGGAGCAGUUCGCAGCCGAGUAUGAAGUAACUAGGAUGAGGAUCGGUCACCUGUUAGAUCACUGUAUGAUCGCUGUCUGUGCGUGGUCUUCAUUGCCGGCAAUGAUGUGGUCCUAUUGUCUUCAUCAGGGCGUGACCUACGGCCUUCACUGGAGCAGUUCGCAGCCAUGUGUGAAGCAGCUAGGAUGA